AUGAAUGCCCAGGUAUUUGGAAUCAGCGACAGCCGGCCGACAUGCCGACCUUGCCGCAUUUUGAACUCACCAUCGUGGCUUGGAUAUCAAGAUGGUAGCUGCUGUUGGAGAAUUUACCCGUGUCGAUGGGUAGUAAAACAAUGCAUGCAAACACCGUUACGUCAUUAUGUCCUUGACAAACACUUGGAUAUUGGUUCGGUAUCCAGGAAGGAAGCUCUCCCGAGACUUUGUCGGCCAACGCUUGUUCGGGACCAGGUAUUUGUCAAUGAUGCAGGUCCCUCUUCCGGGGCGAUCUCCGAGUUGUGA